AUGCAGUUCCUCCUGCUUCUCCUGUGUGUCGGUGGCGCUCACCUGGCGCCACACGAAGAGUUGUACCUCUCCAACUCAGAGAAAUGUGGAUAUGAUAGCUGCCAGGCUACUUCUCCUGAUAUGCUGAACGUACAUAUAGUGCCGCACACACACGACGACGUCGGAUGGUUAAAAACCGUUGACCAAUAUUACUACGGAAGUAGAAACAAUAUUCAGAAGGCUGGAGUUCAGUACAUUCUGGAUUCGGUCGUGAAAGAGCUAUGGGAAUCUCCUAAGAGAAGAUUCAUUUAUGUAGAAACGGCAUUCUUCUGGAAGUGGUGGGUCCGUCAGCCCGCGAGUGUUCAGCAGAAGGUCCAUGUCCUGGUACGACAGGGACGCCUGCAGAUGGUUGGAGGAGCCUGGAGUAUGAAUGAUGAAGCUGCCUCCCACUACCAGAGCACCAUCGACCAGUUCACUUGGGGAUUGCGAAAGCUAAAUCACACGUUCGGCCAAUGCGGUUGGCCGCACGUUGGGUGGCAAAUCGAUCCUUUCGGUCAUUCCCGAGAAUUUGCCAACCUAUUGUCUAUGAUGGGGUAUGACGGGCUAUUCCUCGGCAGGAUAGACUACCAGGAUAAAAGGUCUAGAUUAUUAGGUAAAAAUAUGGAGAUGGUCUGGAGAGGAGACGAUGUUUUAGGCAAAUCAUCAGAUAUAUUUACUGGGGUCCUCUACAAUACAUACUCUCCGCCUCCCGGCUUCUGUUUCGAUGUGUUAUGCUCAGAUGAACCGAUCAUAGAUGAUGCUAGCUCGCCGCUGUAUAAUGUUGAAACUAAGAUACUGAAAUUUUUGGAUAUUUGCACGAAUAUGGCCAAAGCAUAUAAGAGCAAUAACAUCUUGUUGACGAUGGGCGAGGAUUUCCACUACCAAGACGCGGCCAUGUGGUUUAUCAAUCUAGAUAAACUAAUAGAAUAUUCCAAUUUGAAGGCAGCUAGAGAUGGACUAAAUAUAUCAGUGUUCUAUUCAACACCCAAUUGUUAUUUAAAGGCGGUCAAAGAAGCUAACCCGACUCUGUCUACGAAGAAGGACGAUUUCUUCCCAUACGCCAGCGAUCCCACUGCUUAUUGGACUGGCUACUUCACCUCCAGACCUACCACUAAAUAUUUCGAGAGAGAGGGGAAUAAUUAUUUACAGUCAAUGAAGCAGCUACAGGUGUUGUCUGAUUUAGACAAACAUAAUGAAUUUGUUCUAAACGAACUGAAAAGUGCUAUGGGUGUAAUGCAACAUCACGACGCUAUAACAGGAACAGAAAAGCAGCAUGUUACACACGACUAUGAGAGACUAUUGAACCAGGCCAUCGAUGACGCAUUCAUUAUUGCCAAACAGGCAUUCAAUAAAAUGAUUGUAAAGGACAGUGCGAGGAAGCCGAUGUUCGACUUCCAAAGAUGUCGCCUCAACGAGUCCAGCUGUGAGGUUUCAGAAAACAGCAAUAACUUUGUUGUAACUAUAUAUAAUCCUCUGGGUUGGUCUGUCAAUGAACCUAUAAGGAUACCAGUGGAUGCUGGGACGUUCGAAGUCUUUGGACCUUCUGGCACAAUAGUAAAAACACAAAUGGUACCGUUGUCAGCAACAGUUAAAAAUAUCCCGACACGUGUUUCAAGUGCGACACAAGAAAUAGUAUUUUUGACGGAAUUAAAACCACUAUCAUAUAAAACAUUUUAUAUCAAGAAGCAUUCCCGAACUAAACGUAGUUUCAAAUCGGAAUACGACUUUUAUUCAAAUAUAAACAAUAACAUUUGGAACAAUGAACUAUCUAAAACCGAUUAUGAGAAAUAUAUAACUACUGAAUCGAUUGCAGAGCCCCCUAUUUAUUUAGAAGAGAUACCAAACAUAUACGAUAAAGAUAUCAAUUUUGAUAUCUUAAAGGGUAAUCCUAAUGAUCCGUAUACUGAACAGAAAAUGUUAGAUCUCGAAAAGAUUUUAGACAAUAGAAAGAAAAUUAUAAAAUUCCUAAUGAAAAUGAAAAUAAAGACGUGUCACAUGAUAACGAUCAAAAAAGUAUUGAUUUCGAAAGGAUUCUGGUAG